UUCACUUUGUCCCAAAGUCCAAUGUUUGUGUUUUAGCUCAGCCGAGUUUGAGCCCAACAGUUAGCUCCAGAGGCUAACAAAAUAUCCAGACAAUGCACAAGGAAGCUUGACUGCAGAUAACAGACGAUAUUCAAGUCGGAAAUGUCUCUCAGCUUGAACUCAGGGGAUGAGGAAGAGGAGAAGAUGACGCCGGUGAUGGAGGGUGAGAAAGACGGCGACACCUCUGAAACCAGAUUGGGUGAAGAACUCAGGCUCGUCCUCAUCGGAAAGACCGGAUCUGGAAAGAGCGCGUCUGGAAACACCAUCCUGGGUCGGGGGCAGUUUCUGUCACAGAUCAGCGCCAGCUCUGUCACCCAGGUGUGCCAGCUCGGGAGCGUCGACCUCACUGAGGAGGACAAAGAUGAAGGACAGACUCUCCCACAGAGGAGGAUUAGGAGGAUCAACGUGGUUGACAUGCCUGGUUUUGGGGACACUCACCUCAGUGUGGAGCAGAUCCAUGCAGAGAUUGCGAAAUGUGUGUCUCUGUCUGCUCCCGGACCUCAUGCUUUCCUUUUAGUUGUACCUGUAGGACGGUACACAGACAGUGAGAGUCAGGCGGCCUGUGAGCUGAAGCAGAUAUUUGGAGACGAUGCUCUCCGUCAGCACACUCUGCUGCUUUUUACCAGGGGUGACGACCUGGAGGGGAUGGGGAUCGAAGAGUACCUCAGGGAGACUGCUCCAGAUGGACUGAAAGCUUUGAUUGAUAGUUGUGGGGGCAGAUACCAUGUAUUCAACAACAAGGACCCUGGGAACUCUGCACAGGUUAAAGAGCUGUUAAAAAAGGUGGAUGAGAUGGUGAGACAGACUAAGAUGGGCUUUUACACCAAUAAGAUGUUUUUAGAGGCUGAGGCUGUGAUCACAGAGGAGCAGAUGAGGAUGAUGAGGGAGAGAGGGCAAGCAGAAGGUGAGGAAGAACAGGUUAAGCUUGUGAAACGAAGGAAGUGUGAUCUGGAGUCCAACAGAGCAGGGGGAUCACAGGAAGUCAGGAGGAGAGAGUUAGACAGAGGGAAUGGAGAUGAUUUUAGGGUGGAGAGAUGGAGAGAGGAGAGGAAAUGCAGCCCCUUCAGCUUCUUUAAGGAUGGGGUAAAACGAUGCAGGGAUCAGUUUAGAGGCAGGCGUAGAGAAGGCAGCCGAGCCAUGAGCAGGCGACAGUCUCUCCGCUCAUCCUUCAGGAGGGAGGCGGCUCUCUCUGCUAAAGUUCUGGAAAGAAUCAAGAUCCUGGUGGCUGCUGGAGCCACAGGCAUGGCCGUCGGAGCCGUGUUUGGGGCGGCUGCUCCUCUAGCUGCAGCCGCUGGGGCCUCUCUGAUGGGGAACUCUGUUGGUUUUGCUGCGGGUCAGUUAGCCGGGAUGUCUGUAGCUGGAGGGACAGGUGUUGGGAAAGCUGUGGGGGCGAUAGUGGCAGCAGCCUCAGGGAAAACUGCUGUUGCUCUGGGGGCAGCGACAGGCGGCGUUUUGGGCGGUUCUGUCGGAGCUCUUGCCGGUGCUGAGGCUGCCAGCCCAGGUGAGGGCGCUCUUGAUGCUCUGGAGCAGGUUAGCGUCAUAGGAGUCUCCGCUGUUGGGAUGGCAGCGGGUGUGGGAGGCACCCUGGGAGCUGGAGCUGCUUUGGGUGCAGCUCUCGAGGGAGCAGCUGCGGGCACGGCAGCUCUCAGUGGAGCUGAAAGUGCAUCAACAGUAACAGCAGGUGUAAUGAAUGCUUCUGCAGCUCAGUGUAGUUUAGCUUCACCUGCUAUAGGAAGUCUGAACGCAGCUGCAGCAGGUGAAGCUCUUUCUGUGGCUGUCCCAGCAGCUGCAGCGUCUCCUGGUGUUUUGUGUGGGUUAACAGGCCCCAGUGUGACAUCGGUGGCAAGCACAGUUGCAUCAGACCCCUGGGGCACAGUGACAGCAACAACAUGCAUCCUGAAUGCUGUGGCUGAGAUCGGCAAGGCUGCAGCAGGCAUCGCCUUAGCUGGUGGUUUAGUAGUGAAGGUGGUGAAAGAAAAAGUCAGGAGUGGAACAGGGACAACAGAAGCUAGUUACUCAGAGAAGAAAUCAUAUGAGAUCUACUGGAACAAAUAGAUAGACGCUUAAAGAUAAAAUACCAUGGAUUAGAUAGGUUGGUUGGAUUUUCCUAGUCUUGUGAUGAAGCAACACACGCCACAGAAAUUUAACAUAGUCAAAGAUGCUGUGCUGUUAUCACCAUUGAAGAACGCACCAUUUAGAAAUAAAUAGCUGUGUGUCACAGACUCAACAUUUCAUGUAGGAGUGAUCAUAAGCUGCAUGACUGAAGGCAAAAAUUAGCAUUGCAAAUGUUUGUUGGAAGAGUUCACUGACAUCUGCAAUGCUGGGUGAGAUAAAACACGAGGGGUUCUGUCACAAAACUACAGAUGGGGAUUAGGGCCAGGAGGAAGAAAAUGCUGUGUUCUUGAGAAUUAAGUCAAAAUGAUGAGAUUUAAGAAGAAAUUUUGGAAAUAAAUUUAAGAUUUCAGGAAAUUAAAGUAGAAAUUUAGAGAAUAAAGUCAGCUCUUAUUUGACUAUAGUGCUGUUCGCACAGGAUUAGAAUUACCUGUGUGAAGUCUGCAAGUCUGUAAUGUAGCUAAUUUUACAGACAUUUCUGAAGUAAACAAGGGUGCUGCAUGGCUGCAGCAGUGAAAAUGCAAUGGGAAUUUCUGUUUCUAAAAUUCAUACCAAAUAUGCAGUGUUGUGCACAUUGUGUUCUGCAGGUGACGUUUCAUUCAUGUGUCCUAUACAGACUGUUAACCAGAGUUUACAAUAGACAACAUGCUCUUUAGUGUUUUCCCCUCUUUGUGUUUAUAUUUUAACAUUUUUCAGAUCUGUAGCAAGCUGUCCACAACUAAUAAACUGGUGAAAUAUCUCCUCUAACUCUCCCAUAAGGCAUCGAGGUCACAUAAGUCACCUGUGAGUAUCUGCCGCUGAUCAGAAAGUCGAGCAUCCCUCCCAUUGAUGUUACUUUUAAUAGUUUUUAUGCAGGUGAUGUUGUGGAUAUAAUUCUGUAUAAUUCUAGAAAUUUGGGAUCAUUACACAUCCACAACUCUCCUCACACAGAUCCACUGUUGCAGCCUAAACACUGAAGGUUGAGCGACACAUUUCAAAUCGUCACUUGUGUUAUGCAUGAGCUAUACGGCUAAAUAAUACUGAUAUAAGAUCAGGCACAUAAGAGAAGCUGUAGGAAGCAGAACAGAGACGCUCAGCAUAUCAAGAGAGCAGUGGUGUGCACAUUUUACGUUUGAAUGGUUCAGUUAAGAUGAAGGAAUCAAGCAGAAUAAAGUCAGAAAAGCAGUAUAAUGGCCCAUAUGUGUCUUAAGUUUUGUUGAAAAUCUCCUACUCAGCCUGAAUUAUUUUUUUCAUAGAAGGGGAGCAGAAAAAGCCACAUGGAGUGUAAAAACAUAUAAUCACCACCCUAAAUCACAGAGAUGCAGAUUCGCACAGGAUUAGUAUUACCUGCUUUAAUUUGCCCUGGAAUUCUCACUCUGCAAAUUGCAGACAUGGUCAUUUCAAACAAAAUAAAAACAGAUGUCCAGUGCGAUUAUUACAAAUUGCCUGAGCUCCCUAUGUAAUACUAAUCCUGUGCGAACAGGGCUUUAGAUGUGCUGUUUGUUUUUGUCUAAUAAGCUUUGUUUUUCUUCUCUUAAAACUAUAAUUCAACUUUAUUCUCCAAAAUUCUACUUUUUUCUAAUUAUUUUGACUUUAUCCUCCACAUCGUGACUCUUUCCCCUCAACAUUUUGACAUUAAUCUAAGUGUACAGCAUUAUUUUCUGCCUCACCCCUGGUCCUCAUCUGUGCAGAACAGCUUUGGUUUAGGUCUCAUAAUUUUAAAUAAAAUCUUAUACUAAUCUUUUAAAGCUGUUUUUAAUCUCACUGCUGAUUGCUUUUGAAUAUGAGCGUAUAUCAUUUUAUAUAUUUUAAACAUGAAAGAAAUAAAGGGAGAUGUCUUCUUGUGGCAGCCAGGCUGCUGAAGAUGUCAGUGUCAUAACUCUGCUUCUGAAGCUCGAUGAAAAACGUGAAGGUUCUCCACGUUUCAUUUACUCUUAUUGAAAAUUUCAAAAACUUUUAAGACAUAGAAGGAAGUUCCUAUAAGCACAGUGUUUCACAAUUUUCUGAUGAAGAUACUUGUGUUAAUAUAAUCACACUCACUAAAGCAAUGGGUGUUAAAAUGUACAAAAGUAUUAAAAGACAUUUUUUACAGACUGAUGAUGGUUGUACUGAUGCACUAAUUGUAAUACAUAAAACACACAAGUGCUGUCUGCUGUUAUGUUUGAGCUAUCAACAGUUUACACCUUUAACUUUACUGCAGUCAAAUAAACUUCCAUUGCUAAAUA